GGGCUGGCCUGGGGGCCUCUCUUUUCGCAGUCCCGCCCAGGGUGGCUCUCCCGGGUCUCCCCUAUUUGGCCGGCUCUGCAGGGCUCUGGGCGGGGCCGGAGGAGCGUGGGGGUGGGAGGCCGGAGGAAGAUGCGCGGAGUUGGCUGCGAGGCCCCGCGCGGAAGGCAGAGGGGUGGGGAUCUUGGGUGGGCUGCCCCCUCCCGCUCGGACCCGUCCCACACCCCGCGGAAAGCAGAUUGCCAGUUGAAUCAUUCCCCUUUCAGGAGGGAAGGGGGAUAAAGGUAACUAGCCCUUUUCCCCUUAAAAAAGCAAAGGGAAGUCGUGGGCAGCUUUCCAGCCGCUCCGUCCCACUCCUGGACCAUGCACCUCUGCAUCUUUCUGCUCGGCCACAGGCGGGGACUUGAUUUCUUGAGCUGAGAGCUAAACCUUGGUGACUUUUCUUCUCCCCAACAACCGAAUCAUGCCAUGUGCCCAGAGGAGCUGGCUUGCAAACCUCUCCGUUGUAGCUCACCUCCUUAACUUUGGGGCCCUUUGCUAUGGGAGACAAGCUCAGCCAGGCCCGGUGCACUUCCCGGACAGGAGGCAAGAGCAUUUUAUCAAGGCCCUGCCUGAAUACCACGUGGUGGCCCCCGUCCGAGUAGAUGCCAGUGGGCAUUUUCUGUCCUAUGGCCUGCACCAUCCCGUCAGCAGCAACAACAGGAGGAAGAGAGACUUGGAUGGCCCAGAGGAGCGGAUGUACUACAGAAUUUCACACGAGGAGAAGGACCUGUUCUUUAACUUGUCGGUCAAUCAGGGAUUUCUUUCCAAAAGCUAUAUCUUGGAGCGGAGAUACGGGAACCUUUCCCAUGUGAAGAUGGUGGCUUCCUCGGCACCCCCCUGCCAUCUCAGGGGCACAGUGCUGCAACGGGGCAUGAGGAUCGGGGCUGCGGCCCUCAGCGCCUGCCAGGGACUGACUGGGUUUUUCCGUCUACCAAAUGGAGACUUCUUCAUUGAGCCCGUCAAAAAGCAUCCCGUGGCUGAGGGAGAGUACCACCCACACAUCAUUUACAGGAAGCCGAGGCAGAGAGCUCCAGAGCAGGAGGAACAAGCCUGUGGAUUAAAGGACGGUCUUGCCACCUCCCAGAAGCUGGAGCAACAGCGAGAGAAGUGGGAGAGGAACCACUGGCCCAGCAGAGGCCUGUCUCGGCGUUCCAUCAGCAAAGAGCGAUGGGUGGAGACGCUGGUGGUGGCUGACACGAAGAUGAUUGAGUAUCAUGGGAGCGACAGCGUGGAGUCCUAUAUCCUCACCAUCAUGAACAUGGUCACUGGGUUGUUCCACAACCCAAGCAUUGGCAAUGCAAUUCACAUUGUUGUGGUUCGGCUCAUUCUACUUGAAGAAGAAGAGCAAGGAUUGAAAAUCGUCCACCAUGCAGAGAAGACACUGUCCAGCUUCUGUAAGUGGCAGAAAAGCAUCAAUCCAAAGAGUGACCUCAACCCGGCCCAUCAUGAUGUGGCUGUCCUCCUCACCAGAAAAGACAUCUGUGCUGGUGUCAAUCGCCCCUGUGAGACUUUGGGUCUGUCCCACCUGUCGGGAAUGUGCCAACCUCACCGGAGUUGUAACAUCAAUGAAGACUCUGGACUCCCUCUGGCUUUCACAAUUGCCCAUGAGCUCGGACACAGAUUUGGAAGUUUGAGCCAACAGUGCUGGGAUGCAAGUGUGCCAUCAGCAGAUCCCAGUGAAGAGAGUUCUUGUGGGGACCUCUGCAGCUUCGGCAUCCAGCAUGAUGGAAAGGAAAAUGACUGUGAGCCCGUGGGCAGGCACCCGUACAUCAUGUCCCGCCAGCUCCAGUACAACCCCACCCCACUGACGUGGUCCAAGUGCAGCAAGGAGUACAUCACCCGCUUCCUGGACCGGGGCUGGGGGUUUUGUCUCGAUGACAUCCCCCAAAAGAAAGGCUUGAAGUCCAAGGUUAUUGCCCCUGGAGUGAUCUAUGAUGUCCACCAUCAAUGCCAGCUGCAGUAUGGCCCCAAUGCCACCUUCUGCCAGGAAGUAGAAAAUGUCUGUCAGACCCUGUGGUGCUCAGUGAAAGGCUUUUGUCGCUCUAAGCUGGAUGCCGCUGCAGAUGGGACACGAUGUGGUGAGAAGAAGUGGUGUAUGGCUGGCAAGUGUAUCACAGUGGGGAAGAAACCAGAGAGCAUUCCUGGGGGCUGGGGCCGCUGGUCACCCUGGUCCCACUGUUCCAGGACCUGUGGGGCCGGAGCCCAGAGUGCAGAGAGGCUCUGCAACAAUCCUGAACCCAAGUUUGGCGGGAAGUACUGCACCGGGGAAAGGAAGCGCUAUCGUUUGUGCAACGUCCACCCCUGCCGCCCGGACACGCCCACCUUCCGGCAGAUGCAGUGCAGUGAGUUUGACACCGUUCCCUACAAGAACGAAUUCUACCACUGGUUUCCAGUUUUUAAUCCAGCACGUCCUUGUGAGCUCUACUGCCGACCCAUAGAUGGCCAGUUUUCCGAGAAAAUGCUGGAUGCUGUCAUUGAUGGUACCCCUUGCUUUGAAGGUGGCAACAGCAGAAAUGUCUGUAUUAAUGGCAUAUGUAAGAUGGUCGGCUGUGACUACGAAAUCGGCUCCAAUGCCACGGAGGAUCGCUGCGGGGUGUGCCUUGGGGAUGGCUCUGCCUGCCAGACCGUGAAGAAGAUGUUUAAGCAGAAAGAAGGAUCUGGUUAUGUUGACAUCGGACUGAUUCCAAAAGGAGCAAGGGACAUACGGGUAAUGGAGGUUGAGGGAGCUGGAAACUUUUUGGCCAUCAGGAGUGAAGACCCCCAAAAAUAUUACCUCAAUGGAGGAUUCAUUAUCCAGUGGAAUGGGAACUACAAGCUGGCGGGGACCACCUUCCAAUAUGACAGGAAAGGAGACCUGGAGAGACUGAUGGCCACGGGUCCCACCAAUGAGUCGGUGUGGAUCCAGUUGCUGUUCCAGGUGACUAACCCCGGCAUCAAGUACGAGUACACAAUCCGGAAAGAUGGCCUUGCCAACGAAGUGGAAAAACUGGGGUAUUCCUGGCAGUAUGGCCGUUGGACUGAGUGCAGUGUAACAUGUGGGACAGGUAUUCGCCGCCAGACUGCCCAUUGUGUGAAGAAGGGCCAUGGGAUGGUGAAAGCUACGUUUUGUGACCCAGAAACACAGCCCAAUGGGAAACAGAAGAAGUGCCGCGAAAAGGAUUGUCCACCCAGGUGGUGGGCCGGGGAGUGGGAAGCAUGCUCAGCAACGUGUGGGCCCCACGGAGAGAAGAGGCGGACGGUGCUGUGCAUCCAGACCAUGGGCUCUGAUGAGCAGGCUCUCCCGGCUAAAGACUGCCGGCACCUGCUGAGGCCCAAGACCCUCAUUUCCUGCAACAGAGACAUCUUGUGUCCAUCAGACUGGACAGUAGGCAACUGGAGUGAGUGUUCUGUUUCCUGCGGCGGUGGAGUGCGGAUCCGCAGUGUUACGUGUGCCAAGAACCAUGACGAACCUUGCGAUGUGACAAGGAAACCCAACAGCCGAGCUCUUUGUGGCCUCCAGCAAUGCCCUUCUGGCCGAAGAGUUCUGAAACCCCACAAAGGCACGAUUCCCAGUGGGAAAAAGCUCCCAACAUCUGAGCCGGACCUCCUGAAACCCAUCCCUCCAACUCCACCCAGUCCCAGAACACUGAGCACGCCCACGGUGCCCAGGCCUGUGAGCACAAGCACUCGGGCCGUCAGCAGCCCCAGUCCUACCACAGCCCCCGGACGAGGAGACCUGGGUGCCAAACGGUGGCAGAAUAGUUCACACCAAACUGAACCGCGCUCCAAUUAUGUCCUUUCCACCGGAAGUACUUCCCAGCCCAUCCUCACUUCCUGGGCUUUGAGUAUCCAGCCAAAUGAAGAGAAUGUUCCCAAUUCAGACACUGCUCCUACCUCACAGGGAGACCUUUUCACCAUGACAGUGACUGGUGCUGAUUUGCCCUCUUCCGGCAAGCCUGUGACAUGGCAGGUGACUCCAUUUUACGAUACCUUGACCAAAGUGCCAGGGAUAGAGAUUCAUAGUGGCUCAGGGGAAGACGGUGAACAGUCUGAGAACAAAAAUGAAAACAACUCCGUAACAUGGACCAAAAUCAGAGUAGCUGGAAAUGAUGCUUCCGUGGUGAGAAGUACGGAAAUGCCCUUUGGGCCUCCACCAACACCUUAUCUCUGGGCGCCCUUCAGCACAGCGAUGGAAGGUCUGCUGCCCAGCCAAAGGCCUGCUACUCUCAAAAAUGGUGUGCCUGGCGCUGAGGGGAUGGUCACUGAAAAGCCAGCGAACACUCCAUUCCCUCUGGGAGGAGACCGCCGGCCAGCACCGACAGAACACACCGUCCGCCAUAACCCUCCAGAACUUCCAAACAACGCCAAUCUAACGCAGGGUUCCGGACCAGUCCUGACCGAGGAAGAUGCUACAAGUCUGAUCGCUGAGGGGUUUUUGCUCAAUGCUUCGGAUUACAAGAAGCUCUCAACAGGCGGCGGCGGCGCUGCAUACUGGAUUGCUGGAAACUGGAGUGAGUGCUCCACCAGCUGUGGGCUAGGGGCCUACUGGCGAAGCGUGGACUGUAGCACCGGGACGGAUUCUGACUGUGCCGCCAUCCAGAAGCCCGACCCCGCUAAGAGGUGCCACCUCCGUCCUUGUACCAGCUGGAGAGUGGGGUUGUGGAGCAAGUGUUCCAGAAACUGCAGCGGGGGCUUCCGGAUCCGGGAGAUCCAGUGUGUGGACAGCCGGGACCACCGCAGCCUGAGGCCGUUUCACUGCCAGUUCCUGGCCGGCAUUCGUCCCCCACGGAGCAUGAGCUGCAACAUGGAGCCCUGUGAGGAGUGGCAUGUGGAGCCCUGGAGCCAGUGUUCCAGGUCCUGUGGAGGCGGAGUUCAGGAGAGAGCCGUGACUUGUCCGGGAGGCCUCUGUGACUGGACGGAAAGGCCCACGCCCACGGUGCCCUGCAACAGCCACCCCUGUUGUCACUGGGCCACUGGAGACUGGGACCUGUGCACUGCUUCCUGUGGGGGUGGCUUUCAGAAGAGGACCGUCCAUUGCGUCUCCUCAGAGGACAGUACGACCGAAGACCGAUGCGUGUGUGAUCACGAACCCAGACCUGCAGAAUUCCGGAAAUGCAGCCAGCAGGCCUGCAAGAAGAGUGUUGAUUUACUUUGCACCAAGGACAACUUAUCAGCCAGUUUCUGCCAAACACUAAAAACCAUGAAGAAAUGUUCUGUGCCCACUGUGAGGGCUCAGUGCUGCUUCUCAUGUUCCCAGACACACAUCGUCCACACCCGAAGGCCAAGAAAGCCACAGUUGCUCAAAAACCCCAAAGCAUUCUAAGUCCAGAAGGAAGCCACCCCCCACCACAGACUACAGCAGCCCGGGGACUGACUCGACUGCAUUCCAGCCCCAGGAAACCAUUUUGCUGAGGUUUUUCGGGUCCAACUUUGGCUCAAAACAAAAUCCCCUGUGUCUUAUUAGCCACAAAAUGCCCUUGCAAAAGCCAUGGGACUGUAAUGCUUGCUGCUCCCUGAUAGGCAGGUGAGAUAUCCAGGAGGUUCAGGCAUCUCCUGGGAUGUGCUCUUGGGAAAGGUGCCAAAUUAGGUAAGUCAGUGACAUGAUGUCUUUCCCUCCCUUAAAACUAAAAACGAAGACACCAGAUUUUUCCCAGACUACCUCAGGAGUAUCAGGAACUAGAACCACAUGCAUCCAGGGAGCAGUCUUGUUAAUUUAGCUUGGUGAAAUCAUCCUUUUUUUCCUCCUUACUUGGGGAAGCUGCUGUUUAAUAGGCGUGGGAGAAAUUUCAGGAACAUUCCUUUAAUUCACCCAGGCAGAGGGCCACUUUCUUCAGCUAGCACUCAGCUGGGGCAGGGAGAGAAAGUGUUGGCUAUUAUCACUCAGCCCCUGUAGACUCGGUAUCUGGGCUCUUUAGACUCUCGUGCCUGCCUAGAGACACGAGAAAUGAGAGGAAAUGGUCAGAAACUGUAGGAUUUAGUAAAGGUAAGGGAUUUAGCUUAAUUCUAAGGGAGACAUCUCUGACUCAAGGAUAAUUUCUAUGAAAACUCUUAAAAAGAAAUGAACAGAAAUCAAUUUCUUGCCGGUAUAAGAAAAGAAACAUGGACCUUUAUACUUCCCACUUUCCUGGCCAAUACCUUUCCUUUGGGGAAGAGCUGAUGAGUCUUCCCAUCUGACUUCCUCUCCAGUGUGUUCCUUGCCUGAAUCAUCAACUCAGAGGAUCAACUGUCUUUCCACUGCUGGGGGUUCCUGCACAACAGCUGCCAUAGCCAGGUCCAUGGGUGCGACAUACCCCCACCUACCCCAAGGAUGGAAGAUGGAGCUCAAGAUCAAAAUAUUUCAGAGGACCAGGUCAACUGUAUUAAGUACAAGAACUUGAUACAAACUUCUAGUCUUGAGGGAAAAAACCCACAACUCAAAGUGAGGUUAAACAUGACCCCAGUACACCCAAUAGUUACUUUUGAAGGUCUGUUCCUUGGUCUGUUCUCCAAGUCAGGAGAGUCCAAAACAGUGAAAUGAACGUGAAAAUGCUUAUUCUGGAUGUUCUCACCACCCAUCAGGAGGCUGUGGUCUCAAAUACAAGGCAACUUUCCUAGUUUGUAAGGGGAGGCAUUUACAUGAACUGAACCCAGAGA